AUGGCUUGGAGCUACAACGCAAAACAGUUUGGGGAGAGAUUGGAACGCAUACACGCUUAUGACAUUGGUGUGUAUGAUGAUGUUAUGAAGGCCAAACCAAAGAGUUGGUGUCGUGCCUUCUAUAAGAUGGGGAGUUAUUGUGAAGAUGUUGACAACAACUUCACAGAAUCUUUCAACAAGACCAUCAACAAAGCAAGGGAGAAACCUUUUAUGGCAAUGUUGGAGACUGUUAGAAGACUGGCUAUGGUUCAGAUUGCCAAACGAUCAGCUCUCUCUCAUUCUCACAAAGGUCUAUGUACUCCAUAUGUGGCAAAGUUUCUUGCUAAAGAGCAUGAGAAAGCUUCGGAAUGCCAGGUGUAUCCUUCUACUAAUGGGUGCUUUGAAGUCACACUGGAUGGAGACAAACACAGAGUGUGUUUGCAAAAUAUGACUUGUACCUGCAAAAAAUAUCAAAUAUGUGGGAUUCCAUGUGAGCAUGCGUAUGGAGUGAUUUUGAAGAGGACGUUAAAUGCUGAUGACUAUGUGUGUCAGUGGUUUCGAACUGCUAUGUGGAGGCUUAACUAUGGCAUUACUCCACAAAGGGGUGCUCGUCACUGGCCUACAACUUUAGGUGACGAUGUUUAUGUUCCACCUGAGCCACUACAACCUGGGAGAAACAAGAUAACUAAGGAAGACAAGAAGAGGAAGCCAUGUGUGAAUGAGUCUCCUGUCAAGAAGAAACCAAAACACAAAAAAAGGAUAAUGCACUGUGGAAUUUGUGGUUCUGAUCAGCAUAACCGUAGGUUCCACCAUAAGAAGAAUCAAACACAGGCUUCUCAAGGUGGUGGAGGAGAAAUUGUUCAAGGUGGUGGACUUUCUCAAGAUGAUGGUGGACUUUCUCAAUCUGCUGGAGGAGAAGUUGUUCAGGGUGGUGGAGGACUAUCUCAAGAUUAG